GCCUCCCCAUGGAGACCCUACGCUCCGCGUCCCGGCCAGCCGUCCAGGCCGCCUCCCGGGUAUCUCCGUGCUCCCCUGCACCCCGGAAACCACGCCGGGGUCCCCAAGAAUUUUCUCCUCUUUGCCUGCGCGCCCUUGCCUUCUGCGCCCUCGCCAAGCUGCGGGCCCCCCAACUGGGCCUCGUCCGCGGGCUGGAGGGAGUGGCCGGGGACAGUUGUUUGGGGGAGCUGGGGCCGCAAGCGUCAGUUCUCAUGGGCCCUCUUUGCGGGGGCAGCCGGGCCCGGGAAAGCCUAAAGUGGCUGCCGGCUAAGGCCGGCACGUCGGCUGGCUAUUCUAGCGAUUCGGAUUCGACUAGAGCCGGCGACUUCUCAGACGGCGAGGACUUGGGCUCCCGAGUGCCGAGUUGCAGCAGCGAGGAGGAGGAAGAUCGCGGACAGCCGAGUAUUUGCUUUCACAGGGCCGCUCUAGCCUGCCCAGCUCUUCCCCCACUUCGGGAUUUCCCGUCUUCUCCUGCCCAAUCCACCCCUAGCUUGGUCCCGCAGCUCAAUACCUCGUCCAUCACCACCGCCAUUCUGCCCCGGGCGUCCAGUCCCCGGUUGCUGCCUCCUCCCCUGCUGCCUUCGAACGCCCAGAUUGCCCAGCGGGAGCUGGGAGCCCCGAGAGUGGAGUCCCAGCAGUUGCCUCUUAGCCAGAGGGACGAGGUCAAAGCUGCCUCCCCUGAGGACAUUUCACCCUCUGUGCCCUCUGAGAUCUCAGAUCCUAACCCGGAGACUGCUGCAGCCAGUGGAGCGCCAGCCCCCUCGGAGGAUCCCCGGAGGGAACAUUUCGAUCGCCUAAUUCGCCAGUCGAAACUUUGGUGUUAUGCUAAAGGCUUCGUGCUGGACGGGCCGAGUUUGCGAAGAGUGUCUGACCGUCCAGCCUCGUCCCCAGCGAAAGCCCAGUCUGGGAGACCGGGAAAAAAACGCCGGCGGCCCGUAGCUCCCCAGCGCAACACCCAGGUUCGCCGUCCCCCCGCGUCGCUCCCGACCAAAAGCUCCUUCAGCCUCCUAGCCAGCUUCCCCUGUCCUCCAGCUCUGGUGGUGGGGGAAGACGGGGACCUGAGGCCCGCAUCCUCGCUAAGGCUUUGUGGCUCCUCCCGACCGCCCCCGGCCCACCCGCUGUGGAGAUGGCAGCUAGGAGGACCCGCCAUCCCCGAGCCUCCCAGCCUCAGAUUCUGGGGGCGCACACUGGACAGGCUCUGAAUGGGGAGCGGUUCCCCACAUUCUUUCCUUGAAGCGGGGGAAGUUGCAGGGCUCUGUCCAUUUGGAGAGGUGUGCAGAGAGCCCUACAUAACACGCUUCCCCAAACUCCUACUCUUCGCUGGGGAUCUCCAAGUGUGGCAGGGAGCCUGAUGGAAUCAAGGUG